GCAUGAGCGAGCGCGGCCCCGCCUCGGUCCGCGGCCCUCGCGGCCGCCUCCGCCACAGGCGUGGUACGUGAGGGAAAUCACAAGCACCUUGUCACGUCAGGAGGGUCGCUUGUCAGCAGAAGGUGACGGGGAAGCAGAAUGCAACGAGCAGAUGCCAUGGUUUGGAAGCCAGGCAGGAAUCAACACCAAGACAGCAGUGCCAAGGAGACCGUGUCACCCAGCAGCAGACUUCAUGGGCCACCACACAUCAGCCAUCUCACCCCCCACGAGUUUGAGCACGUGGCAGAAACACGCCCAGCCCACAGAGUUGUGCUCCCCAUCCCCUGGAGAACUUGGCCCAGAGAGCAGAAGGGCUGAUGCAGACAGUGAUGCACCAGUGGAGAGAGCAGCAAGAGAUGGGCACGUGGCUGCCAGCGAAGGAGGCUCCCAGCAACUCCUGUCCUCAGCAUCCAGCCCCCAAGCAGGCGGCCCCGAGCAGCAGCAGCGGCGGGGAAGCAGCCCAGGAGCAAAGCCAUGUGUGAGUGAGUGGUGGAGCUGGGAGAGGGAGGAUGAGCCCCCCGUCCCUGCGAGCCCCGAGGAGCACACGCCGCCGGGGCCAGGAGCAGCUGCACCAGGCGCCAGCCGGGAGCGGGACGGGGAGGCCCCCGCUGCCCAGAGCCCCCCGCUGCAGCCACAGUGCCCUCCCUCCGAGCCCUCACUCAGCUCAGCCCUACACAGGCCCCACGGGACGCCGGAGGGGCUGCAGCUGAUCGAAGCCGCUGGGCAGAGGGUGAGCCCCAGGCACCGGGCGCUGCACGGGCGCGAGCAGAGGACGAGCCCCGGGCGCAGGCACGAGCAGAGGACGAGCCCCGGGCACGAGCGCGGUGGGCCAGUGACCACGGACAAGCUGCUCAGGCAGCAGCAGCAGGAUGUGACCGUGCUGGGGGCACCCCUGAGCCACCACGCCGUGUUCCUGCAGAGGCACCAGGCCCAGCUCCCACAGGACGUGGCCCAGAUGUUGCAGAGGCUGCAGGUUUCCAGCGAGAAGGCACAGGACUCUCAGGGGGCCCUUCCACAAAAGCCUGGGGACAGGUCAUCUCCUCAGAGUCACGGAUCCUCUUGCAGCUUGCCAUCGACCCCAACAGACCGCGGGGAGGCAGAGCAGGCGGAACGCGCUCCCCGGCUUGCCAGCGCAGGACAACCAGGUCGGGACAGUGACAGUGACGGUUCCAAGGCAAAAGCAAGCCAAGAAGUGCCUCUGGAAACGAGUUCCUCAUCGGAUGAAAGAGACCGUCCCGUCUCAAGGACUGAAAUCAGGAAGGGAACGGUAACUGCUGUGAAAUCCAAAGCUUUCUGGGGCGAGUCUGACGACAGCAGCUCUGAGAUUGAGGCCGCUCUGCGCCCACAGACCCACAGCACGGAAGCCGAUGACUUUGACGACUUCUAUGAUUAAGAUUCCCCUGCUGGCUUUUGGGAGGUGCUGCUGUCUAAAGUGCAGCUCAUCACUUUAUAGUGAAACAACACUUAAAU